AUGGCGAGCACUCGUCUCAAUUCGACUGAGGAAUUGUACGAACUGUCCAUGUUGUUGAAGGAAGGUGACAAAGAGCAGGCGCUAGCACAUGCAUCCACCAUCGCGCUUGUCGUGGCCUGUAUGCUGGUCGGGAUCGUUGGCAAUGUCAUUGUGUGUGUUGUGUAUUCGACAAAAAUCGGCAAGUCCAACACAAAUAUGUUUAUUCUGCAGCUGGGUAUGUUUGAUUUGUUUGUUUGUGUGGUAGUGAUGCCCUUCAUGCUUGCCGUUCUGCUGAAGACGUUCACAUUCCUAUCUAACACAAUGUGCAAGAUUUACUUCUACUCGACUUACCUGUCCACGAGCGCCUCUUUGCUUGUGCUAAUGGCAAUCGCUCUCGACAGGUACAACAAGGUGUGCCGUCCACUAAAACCUGGGAUAACCAUCAGAAUGGCGACCCAUUUGUUCUGGGUCAGCCUGUUCGUAGGUUCCAUCUUGUCUGUCUCAGUUCCAUACGUCUAUGGACUUUCUACACAGGUGUACAAGCACCAUGGUGGUGCUGUGGUCAACGGCACCACUUGCGGUAUACUGGACUCUGUUCGCGGCAGCAUGCUUCAUAAGACCCAUGUCUACACGCUUUUUGCCAUUUUUAUUGCCGGGUAUUGUUUCAUAAUCAUGUUGUAUAUUCUUGUUGCCAUGCGUGUCCGCCGAAGAGCGCGAAGACCUCAACCCACAGUGACCUUCAAAGACACGACCUUCAAAGGUCAAGUUCGUUUUACUCAACAGCCAACCACCAGCGGUAUUGUGCAACACGUGAUCGGCCCUGUCCAAAAAGGAAAACAGAGAGGAUUUGUUAACUCAAUAAACGGCAGUACCAUGAACAACAAGAGCGCGGCGGCCCUUGAGAGGUUUUGGCGUUCUCUGUUCCUAGUUAACCACUCCAUCAACCCUAUUAUAUACAGUCUGUUAAACAAGCAAUUCAGGCUCAGAAGGGUCGACGUCUCCCUGAACGUCCAACUCAUCAACAACAUGUACCAAGAACACCCAGCUGUCCUCCCCUUGUGGUACAUGGACACCCGUGGGAGGUUUGACGAGACGGAUGAGACCAACACGGGGUUUGACGAACGGUUGCAGAUCACAACCCCAAAGUCGGCCUGCUGA